GAUCUCUCCACGUCUUGUAUCACCUCCAAAAAAUCAAUCAUCAAUACAUAAAACUGAUCGAUUCCCCGAUUCUCCUACUUCCACUCUUUCCUCGUCUCCUCCGCUUCUCUUCCUUCACCACUGCGAACUUUCUCCAUGAAGCUCCUCGCCGUGGUCGCUGGCUUGAUAGUCGCUGCCGAAAGCGCGGCUCUUGCUCCCUUGGGCCCUCAAUUGCAAAAUGCUCUACAGUCAGUGUUGGGUCUAGGCAAAUCAAAUCCGUCAAAGCCGCCAAGCAUUCUUUUUGUAAUCACCGAUGAUCAGGACCUCGAGCUGGACUCGAUCUCUUAUACACCGUUGAUUGAGAAGCACUUGCGCCAUAAGGGCACCUUCUUCCGCAAUCAUUUUGUGACGACAGCUUUGUGCUGCCCCUCGCGCGUGAGCUUGUGGACCGGUCGCCAGGCGCAUAAUACCAAUGUCACAGACGUGAACCCGCCAUACGGUGGCUACCCCAAAUUCGUUGAUAGGGGGUUUAACGAUAAUUUCUUGCCUGUCUGGCUUCAAGAAGCCGGCUAUGACACCUACUACACCGGCAAACUCUUCAAUUCUCACACUGUCGACAACUAUCACAGCCCCCAUGUGAAUGGAUUCAAUGGCUCCGAUUUCCUCAUGGAUCCAUGGACAUAUUCUUAUAUGAACUCGACUUAUCAGCGACAUAGAGAGGCCCCUGUGAGCUAUGAAGGACGGCAUACGACAGAUGUGAUCACCGGGAAAGCCCUGGGCUUCCUUGAUGAUGCAUUGAACGGGGAGCGACCCUUUUUUGUGGCGGUAGCCCCCAUCGCACCGCACUCUAAUGUUGAUCCGCGGGAUCUGGAGGAGGGCAAGAUCAAGAUGACCGCUCCUAUUCCGCUAGAGCGCCAUGCACACCUAUUCAAGGAUGUGAAGGUGCCUCGAACCCCCAAUUUCAAUCCAGACAAGCCGAGCGGAGCCAGUUGGGUUCGCAAUCUCCCUAAGCAGAACCAGACUGAGAUUGACUAUAACGACCAUUAUUACCGUUCUCGCCUGCGUGCUCUGCAAGGCGUGGAUGAAUUGGUGGACUCGCUGAUUACUCGACUAGAGGAGAGUGGCCAGCUGGAGAACACCUACAUUAUAUAUACCUCGGACAAUGGGUUCCAUAUCGGUCAACAUCGGUUGCCGCCGGGCAAGACCUGCGGCUUCGAGGAAGAUAUCCGCGUCCCCCUUUUCAUUCGGGGACCCGGAGUCCCAGAAGGAUAUGUACAGGAUUCGGUCACCACGCACAUUGAUCUGGCACCCACCAUCUUUAACUUGGCGGGCAUUCCACCUCGAUCGGAUUUCGAUGGCACGGCAAUCCCCGUGACGCCUGAUUUUGGUGGAACUCGGCAUGAGCAUGUCACCGUGGAGUUCUGGGGAAGAGCUGUCAUGGAAGGAACCUAUAGUGAGCUUGGUCCUGGUGGGUCGACCAUCAUUCCAAACAACACAUACAAGUCUGUUCGCCUUUUGGGAGAAGGGUACAAUCUCUAUUACUCGGUCUGGUGCAACAACGAGCACGAGCUCUACGAUCUCUCGACGGAUCCCUAUCAAUUGCAUAACCUUUAUACCACCAGAACCCAGGAGGAUGGGCCCCAAAUACUCGGCCGUAGCUUGACACAGGCUAUUGCUCGUCUUGAUGCUCUACUCCUCGUGUUGAAGUCCUGCCAGGGAGCGACCUGUAUCGAUCCCUGGAAUGUUCUUCAUCCCGAGGAGCCCGUCCGGGGUCUCCGUGAUGCCCUGGACAAGGAGCAUGACUCUUUCUAUCGAGCACAGCCGCAGGUGUCGUUUGACUGGUGUGAUGCCGGGUAUAUUAUUGAAGCUGAAGGGCCUCAAGUGCCAUUGACUAGCCGCUAUGGAGUCUCCUGGGAUGUUUGGGUGUAGAUUGGAUAUCUAGAAACAGCUUCAUGACUUUGUAUACCCCAUUCUACUUCGAUGGCGGAUGAGAAUUUGAGCUUAAUGGAAAAUAACGAUAAUUUGCAAUAACACUCUUUCUGCACAA